AUGCAAGAUCUUGCAAAUAUAAUUAUAAUAUUAAAUAUAAGAUCCGCCAAAGUUGUCACUCUUCAUAUUAUUAAUUAUGAACCUGGUAAAUCAAAUCCUCCUGAAUGGUACAAGUCUAGUUAUUCUUGGUAUUGUAUCAAGUAUAUUAAAAAUAAAGGAGAAGCAAAAAAUAAUCCCGAACCUCGGCAAUUUCUAUCUAUGAAAAAGAAUCCAAAACGUGCAAAAGAAUUGCUUACCUGGAUCCAAGAUGCAAUAGCAACUAAAAAAUUAUGCAAUCCUGUCUUUAGUAUUAAUGGAAAAUGCAGUACAGGAGUAUUUAGUAAAUUUUUAAAAUCAUAUGGUAUUACAACCAAAAGAUUAAGAAAAAUUAGAAGUAAACAUGCUUCUAAAGUUCAUGAUGAUCAAAAUCCAACUUUGCAAUAUCUCGAAUUCCUUAGCAGAGUUGUAAUGAGACAUAAGAUGGAUCAUCAUAAUUCUGGAAUGUAUUAUACUGAGGAUGAUACUUCUGAUUUGACCUUAACUCAAAUCCAGAUCCUGAACCUGAAGCCUUAG